UUGACUCCAUCUUCACGGUAGUGGCUGCUGGUCCCGGGGUUCUGUUGCCAAUAUGCAGUUGUCUGUCGGCGCCCAGGAGCUCUACACCCUUGAGGUGACCUGCCAGGAGACGAUCGCUCAGAUCAAGGCUCAUGUGGCCUCCCUUGGGGAUAUCGUCCUGGAAGAUCAGGUCCUGCUCCUGGCAGGCACGCCACUGGGGGAUGACGCUACUCUCGGCCAGUGUGGGGUGGAGGCCCUGGCUACCCUACAGAUAGUCGACGGCCUGCUUGGAGAUAAAGUCCAUGGAUCCUUGGCCCGUGGUGGAAAAGUGAGAGGUCAGACUCCCAAGGUGGCCAAACAGGAGAAGAAGAAGACUGGCUGGGCCAAGAGGUGGAUGCAGUACAACCGAUGCUUUGUCAAUGUUGUGCCCACCUUAAAUCUGUGUUUUAUGACAUACAAUGUAUAG